AUGUAUCCACUGGUUCUGGAGUGGCGAAAAAUAGCCGCCCGUUAUCCGGAGUUUGAAGUGUUCUCAUAUACUGAACGAAACAAUUUUGCCGACCAGACAAACGAUAUGGUUGAAAAUAUUUGGCAAACUGUGCUUUCUGAAGUUAUCUGCAUGGGCAUCUCGUUUAUUGUAUUCGUCCCUGACAUGGUCUCCAUUUUCGCUGCCGUCUUCUCCUUGCUAUCGGUCAAUAUGGGGGUGUUUGGAUUUCUCUCUUUAUGGGGCGUCGGAAUGGAUCCCGUCUCGACUGCGUCUCUUCUAAUGUCCAUCGGAUUUUCUGUAGAUAUUGGUGCCCAUAUCAGCUAUCACUAUUAUCAGUCAGAAAAGGCGACCCCAUACGAGAAAUUGGAGCAGGUCUUUUUGCAUAUCGGCUGGCCGACAAUGCAAGGCGGCUUGUCGACAAUGAUUGCAAUGCUGCCAAUCCUCCUAUGCCCUUCAUAUUUGGGAAUGGUGUUCCUCAAGACCGUCAUUCUUGUUUCAACUUUCGGCCUAUUGCACGGACUUGUCGUUCUUCCAGUAUUCCUCUCAUUGUUCUCCGAUGUCGCUUCAAAAUGUCGAAGGGAUAAAAUCAAAGAUACCUCAAGAACGGUGUCGACAGAAAGCGUCAAAAUUUCGCCGUCGCCAUCAAUUAAUGGAAUUCUGCCACACAAAAUCUCCAUCGGAUAUUCGACAUAG